ACACCAUAAACAAACAAAACACCAAGAAACACAAACAAAUAAAAAUAUAAAUACAUAAAAACUACAUAAAUAAUAUUUAAAAAACUUAAAAUGUCUUCACCUACCAAAAUAGUGGACAAAAAAGAAGAAAACAUAACACGAAUUAGUUUGGAAACACUGAACCAAGAACUUUUAAUAUAUCAACAUCCGGAAGCGAAUGAGUCCUUCCUUGAGAAUCAUUCAACAGUCAAAGAUGUGGUCGAAUGCCUAGAAACGAUUGAAAACGCCAAUAAGACGGACUCGUCGAAGGACCGGAGAAAGACUGCGGUUGAUAUGGCCGACAUGGAUUUUGUGGUUACAAAGCGAAUUCAACGGAACAGCGCGUCUAUUCGUCGAAACAAAACAAGGAAGGUGCCGUCCAAUACGAAUCAGUUUACAUUCAUGCGCCAGGUGGAUCCGGAUCCCGAUGACCGCAUCUUGGCCAGAAAACAACGAGAAGAUGUGGCAGAGACUUUUCGACGCAUGGGAAAUUUCGAGUAUCGCAAGCUUAACUUUGGUUUGGCCAAAGAUUACUACACCAAGGGUUUGGAAUAUAUUAAGGAUACACCUGUCCUGUAUGUGAAUCGGGCAAUGUGUUAUACCAAGUUGCGCGAAUACAAGCUAAGUAUUAUGGAUUGUGACUAUGUUAUAGCAAAAAUAGAUGAGAACUAUCUGCGUGCUUGGCUUUAUCGGGCAGUGGCCUAUAAACGUCUGAACGAUGAGGCUAAUUACGAAUAUAGUGUUGAUCAGGCAAGGAGAUUAAACAGAUCCGAGGCGGCAUUCAUCGAUGAUUUUGUGGACAAGAUGCGUUCGCUUCUCUAAGAUAACGAAAGCAAAUUAAAUUAACAAUAACCAAAAUCUAAAAUAAAUAUUUAAAUAUAUUCUGCUUAAAAAAAA